AUGGAAAAUAACCAAUCGAACAAUGGAAGCAGUGGAAAUGCUGCUCUAAACAAAGGAGGUCGUUACGUUCCACCGCAUCUUCGCGGGGGAGACGGAGCAUCAGGAGGUGAUGAUCGCCGCGGUGGCUCAAGCGGUGGCGGUGGCUUCCGUCGUGGAGGUGGUAACAGCGGUGGAAAUGACAGAGGAUACAACGAUAACCGCGGAAAUGGAGGUUACAGCGGAGGAAGAGAUCGUGGUUACGAAGAUCGCGGUUACAAUAACGGCGGUGGCAACCGUGGAUACAACAACCGCGGAGACAGUAACCGCAGUGACAGUCGUGGUGGUGAUGGUGGCCGCGGAGGUUACAAUCGUCAAGAUAGAGGGGACGGUGGAAGCUUCAACCGUGGAUACAACAACCGUGACGGCGGAUACGACAAUAGAGGAUCGGGGCGAUCAUACAGUGACCGCCGCGAGAAUGGAGGAGAUUCUCAAAAUACUCGUUGGAAUAAUCUCGAUGCUCCAAGCAGAAGCGAGCGCGGAUCUUCGAAAUGGGAGAAUCGCGGUCCAAGAGACGAGCGCAUUGAGCAAGAGCUUUUCGCCGGCCAACUUUCGGGAAUCAACUUCGACAAAUACGAAGAAAUUCCGGUUGAGGCGACCGGAGAUGAUGUUCCGCAACCAAUCGGGCUUUUCUCGGACCUCAGUCUCCAUGAGUGGAUUGAAGACAAUAUCAAAACCGCCGGAUAUGAUAGACAACACCAGUUCAGAAAUGGUCCAGAUGCUGUGCAUCGAUCCGUCAUCAGUUCGGGAGGCAGAAAGAAGCAGUAUCCAAGUGCUUUAGUUCUCUCACCAACUCGUGAGCUGUCUCUUCAGAUCUAUAAUGAAUCUCGUAAGUUCGCUUACCGUACUCCAAUCACAUCGGCUCUUCUCUACGGAGGUCGCGAAAAUUACAAAGACCAGAUACACAAACUUCGGCUUGGUUGUCACAUACUCAUCGCAACUCCAGGUCGUUUACUCGACGUGAUGGAGCAAGGUCUCAUUGGACUCGAAGGAUGUCGUUAUUUGGUUCUCGACGAGGCCGAUCGUAUGUUGGAUAUGGGUUUCGAGCCACAGAUCAGACAGGUUGUCGAGUUCAACCGUAUGCCACCAAAGGAGGAGCGUGUUACUGCUAUGUUCUCAGCUACUUUCCCGAAGGAAAUUCAGCUUCUUGCUCAAGAUUUCUUGAAACAAAAUUACGUUUUCUUGGCUGUCGGAAGAGUAGGAUCGACUUCCGAAAAUAUUAUGCAGAAAAUCGUUUGGGUCGAAGAAGACGAAAAACGGUCAUAUUUGAUGGAUCUUCUCGAUGCCACUGGCGACAGCUCUUUGACUCUUGUCUUUGUUGAAACCAAACGUGGAGCUUCUGAUUUGGCUUACUAUUUGAAUCGCCAGAAUUACCAAGUUGUGACAAUUCAUGGAGAUCUGAAACAGUUCGAAAGAGAGAAACAUCUUGAUCUUUUCAGAACCGGAACUGCUCCAAUUCUUGUUGCUACCGCAGUCGCCGCUCGUGGUCUGGAUAUUCCAAAUGUUAAGCAUGUCAUCAACUACGAUCUCCCAUCUGAUGUUGAUGAGUACGUUCAUCGUAUCGGACGUACCGGUCGUGUCGGAAACGUUGGAUUAGCUACCUCCUUCUUCAACGACAAGAAUAGAAAUAUUGCUCGAGAGCUGAUGGAUCUCAUUGUGGAGGCUAAUCAAGAGCUCCCUGACUGGCUCGAAGGAAUGUCUGGAGACAUGAGAAACGGAGGAGGAUAUCGUGGUCGCGGUGGACGUGGAAACGGACAACGAUUCGGAGGCCGCGAUCAUCGUUACCAAAACGGAGGAGGUAACAAUGGAGGUGGAAACGGCGGAUUCGGAGGACAACGUUCCGGAGGUGGCGGUGGAUUCCAAUCCAGUGGUGGACGACAGCAUCAGCCGCAGCGCGCUCAACCAGCACAAGAUUGGUGGAGUUAA